UUAUCUAAACACCCUGGCACACAAAUGUGUGCUCACACACAGAUACUCACUCUACUACUACUACUACUAGCAUUAAGCAAACACUUGGUCGUCUUUGGCUAAUAUGAAUGAAUGAAUUGAAUCAAUGGCUGGCUGGCUAGCUAACCGACUGUCUUAGUUUGUAUUUUACGUAGGCGCUGAUCUUUUGUGUUGUGUUUUGUUUGAAGUAUGUGUGAGAGAGCGCAAGCAAGUGGGGAGAGAAAGAGAAAUAAAACAACAGCCUUAUUAGUGGCGGCAGCAGCAGCAGCAGAGGUAUUGCCGUGUCGGCAGCAGAUACAAGAAACACAACGGCGACCACUGGGAAAAAGAAAAACAACUACUUCAGACAUUGGUUAGUUGUGAGUGUUCAGUUUAAAUUAUUUUUGUCAAGCAAGAGGUUCGGACGGAUAUACGCGCGCGUCUCUCGCUUUAUUUUCACAAAGCACACAACUCAUUGCUAAGUUACUUACUUACAUCUUCUACUACAGCAUUUAAUCGAAAAAGAAAUCAAAACACUGAAAUAAAAAACAAACAACCCAGCAAACAUUUUCAAAUGCUCAAAUGAUUAUAUGGAUAUUAAAAAAGAGAUUAGAAAUUUCAAAACAAGAAAUUAAAGGAGAAAAAGAGGAAUAAAAACAAAAAAAUAUAUAACAAAUAAUAAAAAAUUGUGUGACUAAAAAAAAUAUUUUUUGUGCAAACCGGGGAUUAUUAACCAAAAUUAAGAAAGCCCUUAGAUUAUUGGAACCUCUAUUUUUGAAAAAAAAAUAAAAUAUUCAAGUGUUUAAUAGUGCAAAAUCUUUUCAAACACACCACCACAUUUUAUGACAAUUUAAUAAAAACCACAACCACUUAAUAAUUCCCCCCCCCCCUACCGCCUCUACUACAAAAAGUGUUUCGUCAACCAGCCACACAAAUUUCAUAUCUCGGCAAUUUUUUUCGAAUAAACAACAACAAAAUAAAUAUUGCAAGUACCACCAGCAUAUUUUCAUUUAUCUCAAACUGGAACAGUGCCCUAAAACCAAAAACCAGAUUUAUUUCAAACAACAUUUUUGCCCGCCCUCAAAAGCAACAAAACCAACAUAAAUGUCAAGUGUCAUGCAACAAGCAAUAACAACAACAAGCAAGAUUAAUUAAAAUCUAUUUAUACGGGGCUUAUUUAGCCAGUGACCACUUGAGGCCCCCAUAUUUAAGGAAUUAAGCAACAGCUAGAGGACAACCAAAACCAAAAGUGUGUGAAGCAAAAGCAAAAAUUUCAAAAAAAAAAUCAAAAAUAUUAUUUUAAACAUUUGCCUUGCAGUUUAAAGAAAGUCAAUGACGGUUAGCUUUCGGCUCUUAGUUCAUUGUUUAGUUCAUACUUUUAACCUGGAGCAAUGCCGCCUUCUGCGUUUUUAGUUGGUUCUACCAUUAUAACAACACCCAAUACACCAGCUAGCGCAGCCACUGGCAUCAUUGAGUCCUCAUUGUCACCCGUUAAGGCACGCCAGAGUCCCCAAAUCAAAACGGAAUACAAUAGUCUCAACAACAAUUGUCAUACGCUGCAGAAUUUCAAUUAUCUAAACUCCAGCAGCAACAACAACAAGAACAACAACAUUGAUAUUAGUGAGAAAAUUGCAGCAGCCAAUAUGGUGUUACAAUCCUACAACAGCUAUGAGCAAUAUCAUUUGCCACAGCAUCAUCAUGCCCAGACGGCAGCAGUGGUCAUAGCUGCCCAACAGCAGCAACACUCACCGCAAUAUACGGCCAGUGCAACGGUGCUAACAGCUGCUGGGCAACAGCAAAUGCAUCAACACCAUCAUCAUCAGCAACAUCAACAGCAGCAAAGUACAAAUUUAUCACCCUAUCAUCAUAACUUAUAUCACAGCCCGCCGCCAGCAAGCACGCAGCAACAACAUCAUCACUCGCAGCAACACACGCCCCAGCAACAUUCAAGCCAUGCCCAUCACCAGCAUGCACAUCAGCAGCAACAGCAUCAUCAUAAUCAUCAUCAGCAACAGCCCCAGCGUCAACAUAUCCCCCCGCAACAACAACAAACACAUCAUCAGCAACAUUUGCACUCACAACAUGCAACAGCAGCCUCCUCCUCUUUACAACAUCGUUUAUCCGGCGGCAGUAGCAGCAGUGUAGCAUCCUCCUCAAAUAACUCAACCAUACAUGCUGCCUCCCUUAACUCACCCAAUAGUUCGGCGAAUCAUAAUUCCUCCACAAAUAAUGCCUCUGCCAUUGCCUGCGUCACCUCUGUAACAACCACUGCCCCCUCAUCGUGUACAACCUCUAUGGCUUCGUCAUCGUCAUCAUCAUCUUCAUCUUUAGCCUCAUCAUCAUCAACGGCGGUGAAUACUUCCUCGCUGGUUAACUCCUUAACAACCGCUUCAAGUGCUGCCACCUCCGCUACUGCCAACUCCUCAACGGCUGGUCCGUUUCUGACAGGCAUUGGUAGUGCGGCCACAGCGGCUUCCCUGGGCAUUAAUUACUUCAAUGACUCCCUGCCAUAUGUGGGUGAUUAUAGUGCAUCAACGGGCCAUCUGUAUACCGAUAUCGAUGCGAAUUUCUUUAGUCAAGGUUAUGCAUCAUCACAUGAUCGCAACAAUAGCCCGCCACCAACACAGCAGCAACAACAACAACAACAGAAUGCUAGUGCCAAUAACAACAAUUCAAUGAUGCCACCCGCUCAAACACAACAAUCUGCGACAGCGUCUGUGGCUGCGGCAGCCAUAGCUGCUGCGGCGGCCGCCUCCAACAGUAGUCUCUCGCCAAACAGUGCUAAUAGUAAUAACAAUAACAGCAACAAUAGCAACAACAACAACAACAAUAAUAACAAUAACAACAAUGGUGCCAAUCUCAAUUAUAUGCAAAUGGCCAUGCGAAAUUCCGCAGUGGCUUUCUAUUCCCAACAUCAAAUGAAAGAGGAACCCGGCACUCAAUCAGCCUAUGGCAAUUUGGGCGGUGGUGGUGGUGCUUCAGCUUCAAAUUCCAACAAUCCCAAUGAUCCCACAGAUCUCUCAUUUGGCCUGUCAGCUGCUCAUUUGGCCAAUGCCUCUGCCGUUGCGGCGGCUGCAGCAGCCGGCUAUGAUGAUAGUGAUUAUCACAGUACAAUGUCAUCACAGGAUCAUCAGGGUCCCGGAAGUUAUUUAGAUGGUAGUCCUGCUGAUUUUUAUGGCCUUAAUGUGGAGCCGAAAUACAAUACCUAUGGACGUUCAAGAAUUCACGAUACCUACUCCCCAGAUUUUUCACUCUAUGAUGCUUCCCAAUAUCCCGGCAUGGGCUCACAAAGUGAUCAAUGGGGUUCCCAUCAUGGCGGCCAGCAAACAGCAGCGUAUUUGUCCUCCAUGUGUCUGGAUAAGGCGCUAUUGGGUGGUUAUCCCACACAGGGAGGUGUGCCAUGUUUCCAGGGUUCGGGACCCAUACAGCUGUGGCAAUUCCUGUUGGAACUUUUAAUGGAUAAGACAUGUCAGGGUUUUAUUUCAUGGACUGGAGAUGGUUGGGAAUUCAAGUUGACCGAUCCAGAUGAGGUUGCUCGUCGUUGGGGUAUUCGCAAAAAUAAACCAAAAAUGAACUAUGAAAAGCUGAGUCGAGGUCUGCGUUAUUAUUAUGAUAAAAAUAUCAUACACAAAACUGCUGGCAAACGCUAUGUUUACCGAUUUGUAUGUGAUCUACAAAAUCUGAUUGGUUGUUCACCCGAGGAAUUGUGUGCUAAAUAUGACCUCAAAACCGAAAAGAAGGAUGAUGAUUAAACACAACAAAUUUUCGGCGUUAUCAAGAAGAUCCCAAUCUUAAAAAACGGGAGCCAACAAAUGAAAAGCAGAAAAUUAAGAAAUAAAAACAAAACAAAAACAACAAUGGUGGAUUCUUCCAAAUGUGCUUAAACAAAAUAUGGUUUGUAAUAAACACUCAAUGUAAAAAAGAAACUUGGCGCACAACUCACAUACAAAAAACCACAUAAAUUUUUUUGUUUUUUUUUUAUACUACAACUUUUUUUUAAAUUUUUUUUUUGUAUUUGUUUAAAAACAAUAACAAAGAAAACUAAUUUUAUUAUAUAUAUUAUUUGAAUAAAAUUAGCAUUAUAUAUAUUGAUUGGAAACGUGAUGUAAUUAAAUAAGUUCUUUUUUACAAGAAACAAAAUAAUUUUUUUUUUAUAUAUAUUUAAGAAAAAAAUAAUAAAAUUAAUUAUUAUACAGAAAAAAAAAACAGAAAAAUCAAACAAAAAAUUUUAGUGGCUUGUUAGGAAAUUACAAUCGUUUUAUUUUUAUUUUUUUUAAGUUAAGUAUUUGAUUAAUAGAAAACAAAAAUAAAAUAAUUAAUUUGAAAUUAAUUAAAUUAAAAACAAAACUUUUUCUUAGUACUAAUUAACAACAAAACAGAAAAACGCAAUGUUCUCGUUAAUUUAUUAAGUUUUAUUAUUUUUUUUAUAUAUAUAUAUUUAAUAAAAAAAAAACACUAUAAAACGAAAAGAAAAGCUCAAACAUUCAUUGGUGCAAUGGAAAACUUGAAUUUCUUCAAGUAAAAUUGCUAAAAAUAAAAUUACAAAAAAAAAA